AAAGUGUCUAAUGUCACUCACCGUUCUAUAAAAAAAUGUGAUCUUGAAAACAUCAACAAGGUUAAAAAACACUGUAGUUAAAAAUGAUAUUAUCAAUUUGUGCAGUAUUUAAAAAAAAUUGCGAUCAAUCACAAUAUCUUCGACUCAAACGGAGAUAAACAUUGUAGAUGACAGAUUUUUGGCAUGAUCAUCACGUGGACUAGAAGCAGGUGACAUUUGUCAAUAACAUUGAUAACUUUUUGUUUUUAUUUAAAAUUUCAAUUGUAAUUAUAACAAUUGUAACAUAAUGACAAACUGGAUUGCUUUUCGACGAUUGUUUUUGGAAAAACAAUUAUACACUUGUCAAAAACAAUUGCUCCAAUUGAAUCGAUUAAAUUUCUCCGAUAAAAAUGAUAAUGAUACACAAAAACCAAAAAGAACAAAAGAAGAAGAAUUAGAAUAUUUGCAAUCGCAUUCAUUUUCAUCAUGGGAGGAAAUUGAAGUUCCAACAACAUGCUGCAUGUCUGGUUGUGCAAAUUGUGUAUGGAUACAGUACGCGGAAAAAGUGAGUCAACUUUUAAAUGAAAGUGAUAAGAAUUUUAAAGAAAUUAUUAUGGAAAAAGUGCAAGAUCCAAAUAUGAGGGCUUUUCUUGAAAUGGAACUACGAUGUCGUGAUCUUUCAAAAAAAUGAAAGAAUAUUAAAAAAUUUUAGAGAAAAUUGUAAAUUUCACAAAUAUAAAUUAUGUUACAUUUACAUAAGUUUGUACAUAUAUAUAUAUAUGUAAAUAAUUGAUAUAAUAUAAUAAAAUAUUUUUCAAUAAGA